UCACAUGACUCGUGGCUGUUUUCCAAGAUGGCGACUCCAGUGUCUGCACCGUUUGUGUUCCUCCUGUUAUUAUUUCAAAGCGGCGUUUGGGGCUUUCCCGUCCGUCAAACACCCCAAGAAAGUCCUACAUGUGGAUACAAGUCAUGUCAUGCUACCAAGCCUGGGAUGUUGAACGUCCACCUGGUCCCCCACACCCACGACGACGUCGGCUGGCUCAAGACCGUGGACCAAUACUUUUAUGGAGACCGUAAUGAAAUCCAGCACGCGGGGGUGCAGUACAUUCUGGACUCUGUGGUGGACCAGCUGCUGAAGAACCCUGACAGACGCUUCAUCUACGUUGAGACAGCCUUCUUCUACCGCUGGUGGAAACAACAGACUGAUGACAUGCAGAACACUGUCAAACAGCUAGUCAAUGAGGGGCGGUUGGAGUUUGUGAACGGGGGCUGGUGUAUGAGUGACGAGGCAACCACCCACUACAGCGCAGUCAUAGACCAGAUGACCAUGGGCCUGCGGUUCCUCAACGACACGUUCGGACACUGCGGUCGCCCUCGCGUCGCCUGGCACAUCGACCCCUUCGGACACGCCCGCGAGCACGCUUCCAUGUUUGCACAGAUGGGUUAUGACGGCUUCUUCUUUGGUCGUCUGGACUACCAGGAUCGUAACAGGAGGAUGGUAGCCAAGGAACAGGAGAUGUUGUGGAGGGCCAGCGAGAGCCUCACCCCCCCUAUGGCUGACCUCUUCACUGGUAUCCUCCCUAACGGGUACAACCCUCCGGAGGGCUUCUGUUGGGACCAGUCAUGUGACGAUCCACCAAUCAGAGAUGACCCUGAUCUGGAGGACUAUAAUGUUGACGAUGUGGUGACCAGGUUCCUCCACAUCGCACACGGACAGGCGUUGGUGUAUAAAACCAACCACAUCAUAAUGACUAUGGGGUCAGACUUCCAGUAUGAGAACGCCAACCUGUGGUAUAAGAACCUGGACAAGCUCAUUCGCUACGUCAACCAGAAGCAGAGUAACGGCUCUGAAGUCAAUGUUCUCUACUCUACACCCUCCUGUUACCUACAGGAGCUACACAGGGCUAACCUCACAUGGCCUCUGAAAGGGGAUGAUUUCUUCCCCUAUGCUGACUCAGCUCAUGACUUCUGGACAGGAUAUUUCACCAGCCGUCCAGCCCUGAAACGCUAUGAGAGGUUCAGCAACAGCUACCUGCAGACGUGUAAUCAGCUGGAGGUCCUUGGUGGUCCCAUCUCAAGGAAAGGUCCCUUUGGAGCUGGAGACAGUGAGACCCUGAAGAAGGCCAUGGCAGUGGCUCAGCAUCACGACGCCGUAUCCGGGACGGAAAAGCAACACGUUGCCAACGACUACGCUAGGAGACUGGCCAACGGCUGGGCACACUGCCAGGUGUUGGUCAGUAACACUCUAUCCUCUCUGAGUGGAUCACCUGCUCCUCGUGUUUACUGUGAACACCUCAACAUCAGUGUGUGUCCCCUCACAGAGACCAGCAAGAAGUUCUCAGUGAACGUGUACAACCCUCUAGCUCGCCCAGUCAGUUGGCCAGUUAGACUGCCAGUGAACGGGACGACCUACAGUAUCUCAGACGCUAAGGGCAAGGCUGUGGACAGUCAGGUGGUCCCCGUGUCCCAGGCCACAGCGGCGGUGCGGAGGGACAGGGGGUACGCUGUCAACGAGCUGUUGUUCCAGGUUCAGGCCCCUCCCCUGGGCUACAGCACCUACUCUGUCUCCCUGCUCCAGAACGGCCCUCCAUCUCCACAGUCCUCUGUCUCCCUGCUCCAGAACGGCCCUCCAUCUCCACAGUCCUCUGUCUCCCUGCUCCAGAACGGCCCUCCAUCUCCACAGUCCUCUGUCUCCCUGCUCCAGAACGGCCCUCCAUCUCCACAGUCCUCUCCACUGCCCAGGGCUCCCAAGGCUAUACAGAACAAGUUUCUCAGGGUGACCUUUGACCCAGAGACGGGUCUCCUCAGCAGCCUCAGUAACCUGGAGACACAACAGACUGUCAAACUGUCACAGAACUUCUACUGGUACAACGCCAGCGAUGGUAACAACUCAGAGAGUAUUCAGAUGUCAGGGGCCUACAUCUUCAGACCUAACACCUCCACCCCCUUCAUCAUCAGCAAGACAGCUAGGAUAGAAACACUACAGAACUCUGUGGUGCAGGAGGUGAGACAGUGGUUUAGUCCCUGGGUCUCUCAGGUGGUCCGUCUCUACACAGACAGCAGGGCUCUGGAACUGGAGUGGACUGUAGGCCCGGUGCCUAUAGGUGAUGACCUGGGUAAAGAGGUGAUAAGUCGUCUAGACAGCAGCAUCAACUCCUCUGGUGUCUUCUACACUGACUCUAAUGGCAGAGAGGUGCUGCAGAGACGGAAAGACUUCCGCCCCACAUGGAACCUGAGACAGUCUGAGCCAAUUGCUGGCAACUACUAUCCAAUCAACUCUAGAGCUUACAUUAAGGAUGACCAGGACCAGCUGACUGUAGUGACGGACCGUUCUCAGGGAGGAGGCAGCAUCCAGGAUGGAUCUCUGGAGAUCAUGCUCCACCGCAGGUUGCUGUACGAUGACGUCCGGGGUGUAGGUGAGCCCCUCAACGAGACGUCUGACAUUUACCCAGAAGGCCUGGUGGUCCGUGGUCGCCUCCUCCUCUCCCUCAGCCCCCCUGCCACGGCCGCUGACACACACCGCCCCCUAGCACAGGAAGUGGUACUGCAGCCUCUCAUCACGUUCACCGACGGAGAGCUGUCCCCUAGUACCAGGCUGGAGUUCUCUGGGCUACAGGCAGUGCUGCCCCCUGCUGUUCACCUGUUGACAGUGUCUCAGUGGGACCAGGACUCAGUGCUGCUCAGACUGGAGCAUCAGUACCAAGCCUCAGAGAGCAAGGCGCAUUCCCAGCCUGUUACUGUUAAUCUGCAGAAGCUGUUCUCCACUCUGGACGUGCUGGGCGUGUCCGAGAUGAACCUGUCAGCCAAUCAGUGGAAGGAUGAGAUGACGCGCCUGGACUGGAAGGCGGAGUCAGGUGAGAAGCCCCUGCCGAAGAGAGGGGGAGACCCCUCUGUGUGGGAGGUGAACCUCAAGCCCAUGGAGAUACGCACCUUCCUGCUCCGUGUCAGGAAGAGAUAGUCAAUCACCUCCGUUCCAGGACUAGCCAAUGACCAAUCAGCACUGCAGUAUCAACCAAUCCCUGUGGCUUAACAAUUAUGAACUCACUGCCUUGAUUGGAUGUAAAUCAUUUAGGGUCUGAGUACAUGAAGAUGAAUCAAAUGAACAGGAUUUUCCACUCUCAGUUGACAGGAGUGGGUUUUAAAUAAGCUCCUGUAAAUAGGUAUUAUAAAAGAGCUUGUUUGAAGCCGCUGAACAAUUCCUUUAUUGUAAUUUUACAGUGUCAAUACCACAACCUUUCUGGUAUUUCAAAGCCAUUCUCCGUAACUACUUAUUACUAAAUCUUCAUUGUUGAUAUGUUAGUGACAAAUGACAAACUAUUCACACACACCUGUUACCAAUAUGUUUUGGUGCACAUUUUCUACAUGCCGAGUGAAUAUUCUGUGCAAUAAGUGAUUUUUAUUUCUCUCGAAUGUGCCUUUUUGUAAUUGAAUGCCCUUUCUUAAAUGAGUGGUUUAGGCUGCAUUUACACAGGCAAAAGAUCAAAUCUGAUUGGUCAUAAGACCAAUUAGUGGCAAAAGAUCAGAAUUGAACUGCUUGUGUAGAAUCAGAGUGAAUGUGCAGCUGAUAUUAAACCCAGGUUCUUUCUCA